AUGGGUACGUUUGGGGUGACUGGCCGAAACCAGGCCGACCAGCAGCUCGCGGAGGCUUUCCAGGCCACCGGCGCCUGGGGCCCCGUUUGGCGGAAAACGCGGCCCCGCGGCUUUUUUGGUCGGAAGUCCCUGAAGGGAUGGGCGAAGUUGCCGGUGUUUGUGGCGGGGAGCAAGAAUGGCGACAAGGAGUUCCUAGCACUUCUGCCGCCCCGGCUGAUGUUCUGCCGCUUCCAGGCGGAGUGGCUGGGCGGCGACAAGCUCAAGGACGUCCUCAUGCGUGACCAUAUCGUGGAGAUCCCGCUGCACAUGGUCAUGGCCUACCGAACCGCCAUGCUGCUUCGGGGCCUCUGCCUCGUCUUCCAGGAGAACACCUCCGUCGCAGAGGUUUGGAGUCCGUGGGUGCUGGUCUCGGGGGAAAAGAUCAGAACUUUGAAGCCUUUGGGCAAAAGGCAGAGCGAUGGCUCAGCGAGGCGGCCGCGUGACCGCGUGACCGGCGGCGACCGGCGGCGACCGGUGAAUAUGACCUUCCUUUCCAGACUGCUGGAGCAGAGCAGGCGCAGUUGCAGCAUUGUGCAAGAGAUGCUCAUAGGAGCGCUGACCCACGCAGCCGGUCGCUUUCCUGCCGUCCUGCUGGCCGUGUCCGUGGCCGCAGCGCCAGCGACGUGUUGGGUCAACGGCUUCUCACGGGAGUUCUGCUGCAAUGAGCGGCACGGCAAGGAGGGGAACCCCGCGUGCUGGGAUAGCGUCUUUCAAUUUGAUCCUUGCUGCACGCGGCCAGAACCGGAGCACGAUGCAGAGGGAGGACACGACGCCAUCAACAGCGGCCUGCUGGUCGCGCUGGAGCGCAAGGUGGAUGCGAUCUUGGCGGAUGGGGCGAGCUUAGAGUCCUUUGAGGGCGACCUCAGACGAACCAUCUCCUCGCCAGAGGACCGGUCCACGUCUGUGCCCACGGCGCGGGCUCUGCUGGCAGUGGUGCUGGGGCGUCUUGGCCGGAGAGAGGAGGCGGAGCAGGAGCUUGCCCUGGCUGCACGUGAGCCGGCGGCUCGCCUUCGGGUUGCCCCGCAGGCCUCCCAGGAUCUGGCCAUUGCUCCCAGCGGCGCGUGGGUCGGCACCGAAGCGGCUGGAUACCACAUGCACGACAGGCCGCUGGCGGAUGCGCUCAUCACCUUCUUCCAGUCACGCGAGGCGGUGAGCGUCGGUGAUUUCGGGUGCGGCCUAGGGCUCUAUGUCCGGGACAUGCGCGCCGCGGGCCUCCGCGCGGGCGGCUUCGACGGAAAUCCCGCCACGUGGGAGAUCACUGACGGGCGGUGCCUCCAGGCAGACUUGAGUCGGCACCUGGACCUGGGCACGCGAUGGGACUGGGUCUUGUCGCUGGAAGUCGCGGAGCACAUCCCUCGGCAAUUCGAGACUCUCUUCCUGGAGAACUUGGUGAGGCACACGUGCUCCGGGAUGGUGCUCUCCUGGGGCAACCAGGCCGGGGAGGGCCACGUGAAUCUGAGGACUUCAGAGGAGGUGGAGGCCAUGCUGGCAAACUACGGCUUUCAGAGCCUGCGGGCGGCCACCGCGGAGCUCAGGGCCUUGGCCACGCUGCCGUGGCUCCAGUCCACGGUGCUGGUCUUCCAGCGCCCCCGCCUGCGGUCCCUGGGCUGCUGA